UUUAUUUUCUCCUGUGAAGAGAAGAGUGCCGUUCUUCGCAUGUUCAUUCCUAGUAUUCAAUCUCUUUGCUUCCUCCAAUUCCCUUCUAGUCGUCUCUCGCAUGCCGACCAUUAAGAACAAACUCAAUUUCCAUUGCGUCCGCCCGAAAUUCUCUCCCCAUUUUCUUCAACUUCUUCGCCGAUUUCUCCAUACAUAUCUGCUGCUUUCGAGUUUUUGCAUUAUUCUCGGACGCAUUGUUGCGAUACGGCCUUCCUUCCACUACUUACUCGGAACUUCUUUUGUUUUCGGUUCGUUCCAAUUUCAAUCACUGAUUUCAAGGGGGUCUUCUUCUGAUUGAAUUUCUUUGCCGGGUUUGAAGUGUUGCUUCCAAAUUCUGUCAACCUACGUAUAUUCUUCAUUCCUGUUUCUACUGCCGUUUUACGCUGAGAUGAGAGGCUUCUGAGUCAUUGCCGCUUGCUUCCAGUCCGUUAUUUGGUAAAGAUGGAUGGGGGAAAGAGAGUUGCUCUUCUUCCUUCCGUUGCAUUUUCUUUCGAAUAGUCUUUAUAUCAUUGCCAUUGCGUUCUUUUGCGGCCAGGCUUCGAAACUUUGCGGUUGUCAAUCUGAAUUAGAGCUCAGAACUGAUUUCACUGUCAUGCAUGGAUAUGUCCGGUUUGUAGUUGUUAUGAUUUAUAAGGCAGAUUUUGUUGUCGGUGGAGAAUAAGUCUGCAAGACAGGGCGGAGUCUGCAAGUCAGUAGAUGAGGAUUAAAAUUUUUAUUUAGGUCGAAUCAAAUCUUUCCUUUCCAUCCUUAGUACUUUUGGUGGUACUUUUUGUUGAUAAUUAUUCAAAGAAGGUGGUUAAGGAUGCAAGAAGUAUUAUACUGUUAUGCUUGAUCAUGUUCAAUUCUCAUUAUGGAAAGAAGUGAACCUACAUUUGUUCCAGAGUGGCUGAGAAUUUCUGGAAGUCUCUCUGGGAGUGGGAAUUCAGCUCAACCAUCUGCAUCGUCUAGUUCUCACACCGAUGGUACUUCUCAAUCUCAAUGCUCGAGGAGUAGAACUUCAAAGAGCAUUAGCGAUAUGGAUAAACCACACUUUGAAUUCUUGGAUCGGUCAUCUUCAUCAAGCUCAAGGAGGAGUUCUAGUAAUGGGUCUGGAAAGAAUGCUUACAGUAGUUUUAAUAGGAAUCAUCAUGAUAGGGACCGUGAGAAGGAGAAAGAACUGUCUAAUCUUGGGGACCCCUGGGGUCAUGACUUUUCUAGCCCUCUGGUAAACACGUUUACUGGUAGAGUUGAGAAGGAAACUUUGCGGCGUUCUCAUUCAAUGGUAUCUAGGAAGCCUGGUGAUUUAUAUCCCCAAAGACAUGCUGGUGACUUGAAAAGUGGAAGCUAUAAUCAUAAGGCUAACAGUAAUGGCUUUCAUUCAGGAAGUACCAUUACCGGUAUCACUGAUAAGGCUGGUUUUUACGAGGAUUUUCCAUCACUUGGAUCAGAAGAAAGGCAAGGAUGGCCAGAUGUAGGUAGAGUAUCAUCUCCUGGCUUGACCACAUCUGUUCAGAGCUUUCCUAUUGGAAAUUCAACUUUGAUUGGUCGGGAAGGAUGGACAUCAGCGCUGGCUGAGGUGCCAACUGUAGUCACAGGCAGUAUGACUGCUCCAUCAUUUCUUCAACAGAGUGUUGCUGCCAAUUCUGGUUUGGGGUCCCCAAAUGCAACAACUCCACGCAAGAUGGCCGAGGCUUUAACACAGGCACCAACACGAUCUCGUGUUACUCAUCAGUCAACUGAGUUAUCUGUCACGACACAAAGGCUUGAGGAAUUAGCUAUUAAGCAGUCCCGGCAAUUAAUCCCAGUAACACCUUCGAUGCCCAAAGUUUCUGUUCAUUCUUUUGAAAAGUCCAAGUCCAAAGGAGCAUCCAGAACAGCUGAAGUAAAUGUGUCUGCCAAGGGAGGUCAACAACAGCUGCCUCUAGGGCAACAUAAUAGUCAGCCUCUUCGAGGUGGACAAAUAAAGUCUGAUUCUCCGAAGACCACUCAUGGGAAAUUUCUUGUUCUUAAACCAGUAUGGGAGAAUGGCGUGUUAAAGGAUGGCUCAAAUCCUAUUAGUAAUGUCAACAGUAGAACUGCAAAUUGCCAACCUUCUUCUGUUGCCUCUUCAGCAACAACUAUCACUUCGAGGAACCAAAACAACCUGAAUCCUUCAUCCUCUCUAGAGCGGAAGGUAGCUGCAUCAGAUCUGAAAUCAGGAUCCACUUUGGAAAAGAGACCCCCUUCUACUCAAUUACAAAGCAGGAAUGAUUUCUUUAAUCUCAUAAAGAAGAAAACUGUGGUAAAUGGUUCCACUAGUCUCCAAGAUUCAGGUAUUUUCACAUCUCCCGUCAAGGAAAAAUCUGGAAUAGUGAGCGGGGAAAUAGGUAAUGCUGCAAUGCAUCCUUCUACUGUUACAGAUGAUGAGGUAGCUAGCAAUGGCGAUACCACUGAAGAGGUUCAGAGGUCUUCUGAUGUUGUGAAUAAGAGUUUGAGCACUAACUUAACAUUAUGUACAGAUGAGGAAGAGGUUGCAUUUCUUCGUUCUCUUGGAUGGGAAGAAGAUUCAGGAGAGGAUGAAGGGCUAACAGAGGAGGAGAUUAAUGCUUUUUAUCAGCAGUACAUGAACCUGAAGCCAUCUUUGAAGCCGAUCAGAUGCAAGUUACCAGAACCCUCCAGCGCUGUCUGAAUAUGAAAAAUCUUUCCUAUGGGAUCUCAUCUGACUUGGUGAUCCCAAAUGCCUGAUAUCAACUUGGUUUUGGGGUAAGUUGGGUUUAGGGUUUUAUUCCUAUUUUUCUUGACGAGAAAAAAAAAGAAAAAAAAAGAUAAAGUUGACAACGUUGGGAAGGAUGCAGAGAAUGCGUGUUACUUUGGCGAAGUGCAAAUAAAGUGAAAAUAGGAAGUCUCUGCUUGCAUACAAGUUUUCAACUUGGUUGUCUUUUCGUUGUUCUGAAGGACACUUAGGGGAAGGGGAUGGAUAGGUGCUGUACUUUUUGUUUGCAAUUGCAGCUGAAGAUGUCACUGCCAUCUCCACAUUUCCAGAA